GGCCGUCCGAUCAAGUUCGAUACGUGGCUCGACGACUUACAGCUGUACCUACUGAGCGAUUCUAGAGACAUCGUUUCGUUGUUUGACCACACGUCUGGCGCCUCUCUCGCCACUCCUGCCACAGCUGACAGUGCGACUCACUCAGAGUGGCAUACCCGUGACGGUGCUGCUUGCUUAGCCGUUCGCAACCACCUGCCGUUAGCCGAACGCGCUCAUUUUGGCCAGCACAAGACCGUUAAGGCCCUGUACGACGAUGUAGUCGCUCGAUACUCUUCCCCUGCCACUGCUGCUCUCGGCCGACUUAUACUGCCCUACCUGUUUCCCGAGCUGUCAGCCUUUGCCACAGUCAAGGACCUCGUUACCCACCUUCGCACUAGAGACACUCGCUACCGCGCUGCCCUCCCAGCCAAGUUCCUAGACAGGAACCCCCCCCCCCCCCCCCCGAUGUACAUCAUUCUCUACUUCAUAGUCACCCGCCUCCCUGACUCUCUUCGCGCAGUCAGGGACCACUUUCUCGCACUUGACCCCACAGACCUUACUGACAACCUGCUCGAGAAGCACCUCCUUGCAGCUGAGACUAGCGUAGUCGCUGAACGUGCUGCUCGUGGCACUCCUCGCACACCCUUCUUUGAGGGGUGUUCCCCCUCGCCCCUUGCCCCCUCCUACACUUCUUCUGCUGCUGUUGACAUCCUUGGCACUGAGGAUGUCGAGACUGCUUCUGCUCUUAGUGGGAAGCGCCAUAGCAGCAAGGGCAAGGGUGGCAAGAGUGGUGGCGGUGGCAGCGGGGGUGGUGGUGGUGGAGGCAGUGGAGGCGGUGGAGGUGGCGGAGGUUGUGCUAGCGGUGGGAGUGGUGGCGGGAGUGGGGGCUUUGGUGGUGGCGGUGGUGGCAGCGGUGGGGGUGGCGGUGGUGGCGGCAGUGGGCGUGGUGGAGGCGGCAGUGGUGGCGGUCGAGGUGGAGCUGCUCAGAGGGGAAGUUCUGGCAGUGGCCAGGGGCAGCAGCAGCAGCGUCAGAGCGAGACCCCUAUGCCCCAGCAGCUUCGUGAGUGGUUUGCUCAGCGUGGGGCGUCUGGGGGUAGUGUUCGCUGCCCGUAUGUCAUUCGCACAGGUGACCACGCUGGUCAGACAUGUGGGAAGUUUCACACACAGCACCGCUGCUUCUCAAGCCUUGAUGAUGCUUGGCGCGCAGAGAUUGGCGACAAGGCUGAGCGCCUCCGCUGGCUAGAGCUGCUUAGGUCUGGAGUUGAUAUCUUUGCUCUUGACUAUGAUGCUAUCCUUGCUGCCAUGUAUGCCUUGUCUGUUAGUGCUGAGAAUGACUGUUACCUGUGUGUGCCGCCCGACCCAGGUAUAGAGGGUGCUGCUCUACGUGCUAGUGCGUCUGCUCUACCUGUACCACCCUCACUCCACUCCCUGCACCUGUUCCAGUCAGACUGGCUGACCCCUCAGGGGGCCCAGUUCUUGCCUGUUCCUCCACUGUUCUCCCGUGUCCGGCGGUUCUGUCCGGCUCACUGUCAGGUCUUCACCUCCCCUCGUUCUCCACGAACUUGGUCUCUGCCUCCCCUCCCGCCCUUGCCUGCUCCGUCCUGCCUUCCUUGCGUCGAGGGGCGGCAGCGAGCCGCUCCCCACUCCUCCUCGUUUCCCCCGACGACUGCUCCCCUGCAGACUCUCCACAUGGACGUGUGGGGCCCAGCCCGCGUCAGUGGACAGGGCCGCGAGCGCUACUUUCUGCUGGUUGUUGACGACUACACGCGCUACACCACGCUCUUCCCCUUGCGCAGCAAGUGUGAGGUCCCUGAAGUCUUGAUCCCUUGGAUCCGCGCAGUCCGUCUCCAGCUACGCGAGCAGUUCCGCGAGGACCAUCCUGUCCUACGUGUGCACUCUAAUAGAGAUGUACAUCGCGCAUCAGCUCAACCUCUGGCUCCGUGUCUCUUGGCGGAGACCUCGCCUAUACUGCGUUGGACGGGGAAGGUUGGCGAUGCGUCGGUGUUCCGGGUAUGGGGCUCUCGUGCCUUUGUCCGCGAUACUUCCGCGGACAAGCUCUCCUCCCGCGCUAUUCCCUGCGUCUUCCUUGGCUUUCCCCCUGACGCGCCUGGCUGGCAGUUUUACCACCCCACCUCGCGUCGUGUCCUCUCCUCUCAGGACGUCACAUUUGACGAGUCGGUUCCCUUUUACCGUCUCUUCCCCUACCGCACUGCCCCUCCCCCCCCCCCCGCCGCUCUUCUUUGCUCCAGGUCCUCCUCCAGUAGACCCCCUCCCCCCUCAUGGUCCUUCUGUGAGAAUGCAAGUUGA